AUGGCUACAACGCCGAGAUUCAGCAUCGAAGGUAUUCUCACCAACGUUAGGGGCGAUAAUCACAAUGCACAAUUCUCCGUCCGCCGGAAUAUAAGGGUAUUCUACAUCACCGUCUCACCCACUAACUUCAUUAACUCUCCCAACAUGACCAAGAAGUACAUGUCAUAUCUCGAAGUCCUCAAGUCACGCGAGGAGGUCAUAGGCGUCAUCUAUGAUACCGACGUCUACGAAUGGGUCAUGGCUUCGUUUGAACCUCUUCUACUUGAACUCGCGCCUCCACCAGAAUGUGACCCCAAAGACAUCAGAAUCACCCUAGAAAAGCAUAUAUUUCCGGAGUUUUUUGUCUUUGAACUAGACAUCGUCGACGAAAAGCUAUGUCCUCGACGGGUCGCAGCCGAGAAGUCCUCUGUACGUCCAUCAUUCAUACGCUUUGACGACGACUUCCUGGAUGACUUGGAGACUUGGUCUGCCUUCUAUGAUCCCGCCGGAAUAACUUUAGGCUUCGAAAAUCCCGAGGAUGCGAUUUUCGAGCCGCCCAAUAAGGUUCUCAUCGAUAACUGUAGGACCGAAUGCUUCUUCAAGCCAUGCAACUCUGGAGUACAGACUAAAUGCGAACUUGAGACGUAUAAAAUGAUCCACGCAGCUGGGUUGGACUCACAGUUUAAUCUAUGUCGCAUUUGCGGCGUUGUAUUCGAUGAAAAUGAAUUUAUUCUUGGAGUUUUGUUAACCUAUAUCGAUAAUCGGGGUUGUCCGUUGUCAACUAAGAUCGCUCCUGGGGAACCAGACAAUCCCCCGCAUGAAGUGAGACAACGAUGGAUGGAACAGAUUGAGGCUGCUGUCCCGGGCUUGUAUGGCGCUGGUAUGGUGUGGGGAGAUGUCAAGGCAGAGAGUGUCUUGAUAGAUCAGGAUAAUAAUGCAUGGGUCACGGAUUUCGGUGGAGGCUAUACCAGGGGCUGGGUCGAUAAGGAUGUGGCGGAAACCAUGGAAGGGGACCGGAUGGGUAUGGCGAGGCUGAGAGAGUUUAUCUUUCCAGCUGCAUCAUAG